AUGGGUGUAAAGAGUUCUAAAACCUCGGCAUCAACAAGGGCAGCUCCAAUCGUUAACAGUAACAAAGCUGAUAAUAAUAAACUAAAAAAAUACAUUAAUAUACGUAACUCUGUACUUUUUUCCUUUGACGGUAAUAACUAUUACAACAAUGUUUCUGCCAACAUACAAGAAACAUGGAGAUUUACCGGAGGGGGUAAAAGAAUUCAUAACAUUAAAAAUUUAAAAAUAUUACCAAAUCAGCAACAACACUAUCAAAACCUAUAUCAAGAACAACUUCAUCAAAGAAAAUUAAUUAGAGAAGAAAUUGAAAGACUGCAACGUCAAAAUAACUUGUAUAAAAGAAUUUGGCAAAAUGCUUUCUCUUCUCCCGUAGAAGAAUUAUUAAAAAGUGAUGAAGGAAUCAGAGUUCUCGAAGUUGGGUUAAUGGUUACAGCUUUCACCGCUACUGAAUGGGAAGAAAAGGUUAUACCCGAAUUGGUGAGGGUGACAAGACAAGGUGGUUAUAUUGAACUGAUGGAAAGUGAUAUUCAAUAUUCAAAUGAAGGUCCAAUAGCUCAAAGAUUAACAGAUGCAUUAUUGCCGUUUAUGAAAUCUAAAGGAGUAAUUGCUCCAAUAAAUACUUAUGUUCUACAAUCACUCUUAUCAAAUACUCAAUUAGCCAAAGAUAUUAAAACUGAAGAAAAGUCUUGUUUCCUUGGUAAAUGGGCUGGUGAACUUGGCUGGAAUGCUGUUAAAUUGCCAAUGUCUACUUUGAUGAGGAUUAAAUCUCAUGAUUAUGAUGACAUUGUAAAUAAUUUCGGAAAAGAAGUUGAACAAUACAAAACUUAUUUUAAAACUUGGAGAUUCUCUAUUCAAAAAGUCUCAGCUGCUCGCUCCUCUUCCAUAACCACUCCUUCCCCAUGGCAAAAUUAA